AAAAAAAAAAUACACUUCAAAACGUCAUGGGUGUCCAUUUUCCCAGAAUUGUUCCUGCCAAGCAUAUUCUGCAGCGAGUUCUUUCUACUCAGCGUGUUGCAGACGUACCCAAAGGCCACUUUGUCGUUUAUGUAGGAGAAUUGUGCAAGAAGCGGUUUGUGGUUCCAAUAUCUUAUUUGAAGCAUCCUUCAUUCCAGAAUUUGUUGAGUCAAGCUGAAGAAGAGUUUGGGUUUGAUCAUCCUAUGGGAGGUCUCACAAUCCCAUGUGACGUAGAGGACUUCAUUGAUCUCACUGAUAGCUUGAAUUGCUCAUGA